GCACGUCAAAGAAAAAACAACAAAACAAAAAAGGCAAAGAAAAAUCCAUACUUUUUUGCGUGCUCCGAACAAUUUGUGGAAUUUUACUGUGUUUAUUUAUGUUUGAAAUAAAGAAAAGCGCCAUACAAUAGUUCGGGCAGUUGCGGGAAAGUUCUGGAACGUGCGAGCACCUUCCACGGGGUUGGAUUUCCAUAACUACGCACACAUACAAGGACACACCAUCGCUCGGCGACGCAUCGAGAUGGCAUCCCAUUCUAGUUUCUACCAGGGAACGAAGCGGAUCUCUCCCCUCAAGAUCAGAAAUCCGAGCAUACUGCCAUCACAAAUAAUGCCCUCGCCUACGGGUGCACCGUUCAACUUUGCCGAAAUGCCCUGGUCGUACGGGAUGAAACCGGGACAAGUGAUGGAAUUCAAUGCAGUUAUCCGACCAAGUCCCAUCACGGGACCACCCUCGCCCAUCCCCCAGAUGCCAUCCGGUAGCAGUCCACCAUCGUUUGGACCCGCGCCGGUCUCCUUCCUGCCGGAACUCAGAAAACGAAAGCCCGAUCCCGACGUCAUCCCAAUUCCAUCGAAGCAAUUUCUCACCGAGGAAGUAAUGUCGUCGCAUUUCAACAAUCUGCACCUUUCCACCGAAUACACAGCACACGACAUCCGUACGCAGACGUCCACAGCUGACCCUCGUGCCCACUCCAGCCGAGAAGAGGACAUGCUGUUGGGCGAUGCGGGCAACGUUUCGGACGACGCGGACGCUUACCACGUGUGCAUGUCACCGCAGGAGCUGGAGGAACGGUUAAAGAAAGCACAGCGCAUCGCGAUCUGCGAGGAGGUGCGCCGGUUGGACGGCCGGGGCGAAAUCUUGCCCAAAGCGUUGCUGCAGCGCAUCGAAAAGCCGUGCACUGCGCUGAUGAUCUGGCAGCCGCCCCAGGAGCGCGUGCAGUCCGUGCUCUCGAAGGUUGCCCAACAGUUGGAGGAACGGGAGCGUGAGGAGCGGAAAGCGAUGAAAAAUAACAAUAACAGCGAAGCUGCACCAGACUCGAUGGCCAUCAGUGACGAACCUCUGCCGGAUCUGCCCGAUUACGACGAGGAUUUGGAUUUUGAGCCGGACGGGAGCGGCGCGGGCUGGCCGCAGGGAUCAGCAGCGCCGGAUCCGGCCACGAUGGACGUUGAAAUGUAGCUUUUAGACGGAUGCAAAGGCGAGCUUCUCUUUGUCAUGUAACAAUCCUAAGUAAUCAUGCUGUACAGUUUUUGGCGUGCUCUAACGUGAUUUGCGCGAAGAAAAAUUAAUGUAAGGAAAAUAAGCGGUGUCUUGUUUCUUCUUUUUUCUUUUUACAAUGUUGUCCUUUCGAUAGGGUCCGUAAGCCAGUAAGGAAUAAAUUUAAAUGCUUCUUGAAUGUU